AUGGCGAGACGCAUUGCUUUCGUGUUAACAUCUCUUCUUGCUCUUUCCUAUGCAAAGUCGCUCGCCCCACGUGCCAUGCGAGUGCACGAACGCCGUGACAGUCCCCCAAGUGGAUACGCCAACAGCGGCCCCGCCUCUCCCAAUGACACGGUCCAUCUUCGCUUUGCGCUCGCGCAGAGCAACUUCCAAGGCCUAGAAGACGCCCUUUACGAUGUCAGCACACCUAGUAGCGCACAAUAUAGGAGACAUCUGUCCAAGGAGGAGGUCGAAAAAUUCGUUGCACCCACAGCAGAAACGGUCUUGGCGGUCGAUGGAUGGCUAUCGUCGAACGGUCUCACAUCGACGAAAGUAUCCCCUGCUGGAGACUGGAUCUCUGUUAGCAUGACAGUCGAACAAGCCAAUAAACUUCUUGAUGCCGACUUCUCGACAUUUACUCACCUGGACACCGGAAAGCAAGCCAUACGCACUCUUUCGUAUUCGAUACCUAUCGCCUUGCAAGAUCAUAUGAGCUUUGUGCAUCCGACCAUCGUGUUCCCCAUGAAGAACAUUGUCACACCUGUCAGAAUACCUACUGUAAAGGUCAACCCAGCGGCGUUUAUUGACUCCACCUCGAAUACUGUGCCAGCGUCUUGCGAGACGCAGGUUACGCCCGCCUGCUUGCAGGCUCAGUAUGGGAUACCCACAGCUCCGGCAACCCAGUCAUCUAACAGGCUUGGCGUGUCGGCCUUCUUUUUUGAAUAUGCCAACAACAGCGAUCUUCAAUCGUUCUUGCAGACAUAUCGGCCGGAUUUGGAAUCCUCGAGUAACUACUCCAUUCUGAGUAUUGACGGCGGUGAAAACUCUCAGGAUGAAGAGCCUGGGUUUGAGGCUAACCUAGACAUCCAAUACACCGUUGGUGUCGCGACAGGCGUUCCGACCGUAUUCAUAACAGUCGGCGACCAGACCCAAGAUGAUUUGAACGGAUUUUUGGACGAGAUCAAUGUCCUGCUUAACCAAACCAAACCACCUCAGGUCUUGACUACCUCUUAUGGGUUCAACGAGAACCAAAUCCCGAUUGGACUUGCGACCAAACUGUGCCAAGCAUAUGCCCAAUUGGGUGCCAGAGGCGUCUCUGUCUUGUUCUCUUCUGGUGAUGGAGGGGUCUCCGGUGGUCAGCCGGAUACAACUUGUACAACCUUCGUUCCGGUGUUUCCAGGAACUUGUCCUUACAUCACUUCCGUCGGAGGCACCCAGGGCAUCAGCCCUGAGAUCGCUGCUUCGCUUUCUUCAGGCGGCUUCUCCAACUACUUCCCCCGCCCGUCCUAUCAAGACGACGCCGUCUCAGCCUACUUGAAGACCCUUGGUAGCACUAACGCUGGCCUCUUCAAUGCGACCUCGCGUGGGUUCCCAGACGUUGCCGCCCCAGCUGAGAAUGUCACGAUCAUCUGGGAGGGUCAGUCAGGCAACGUUGCUGGGACGAGCUGCGCCAGCCCAAUCUUUGCGAGCAUCGUUGCACUCAUCAACGAUCAGCUCAUCGCUGCCGGCGAGAAUCCUCUUGGAUUCUUGAACCCCUUGAUUUACAAAAGUCCAGACGCUUUUAAUGACAUUACGUCUGGUAACAAUCCAGGCUGCAGCUCUAACGGAUUUCCAGCAACCACUGGGUGGGAUCCCGUGACGGGUUUUGGCUCACCCGACUUUGUUGCCCUUAGGGCUUUGGCGGGUUUGUGA